CACAUUUGGUUGACUUGAUUUCAGUUGACCUGUCAUUAAGUGUUCAUUGUCUUUCUUCAGUGUUGUUGAGAUGUCAGAGAGAGAUCUAGAGGCUGCCUUCUCUCAGAUCAUCCUGGCAUUCCACUGUGAUCAGUACACUUUGAAUCAGAGACUGCUGGCUGAGGAGCAUGCCCGCAAUCUGGCUGAGAACAUCAUCCAGCUGGAGCUGGAUAGAAGCAGGGACACCCUGGAGAUUCUAAAGAGCCUUUGUCUGGACAGUAAGCGGAACAUGAUCCUGCAGAGACUGGAGCUGUGUGUGGACAUCCUUGGUCGGACUGUAGAACGAAUCUCCAGCACAUCUGAGGUGCUGGGUGCUGUGCAUCAGGAGGCUCGAGUGAGUCGGACAGUCGAGCUGAUGGUGACACAUGUGGAGAAUCUGAGGAGGCGACACAAUAGAAAUGUGGCAGAGCUGGAGGAGGUUAAGAAGCUGAUCCAACACCAGGAGUCCACAAGGAAUCGCUCAGAUUCCACAGCUCCACCAGAUCCAGAGGAAGGUGAUGCCUCAAUGAAAAGCUCACAGCAGAACACUCUUCGUCGCAGGAUCAGUACGUCAAUCAUUUCCAGCCAAACUCAGGAGAAAAGAAAGCAAGAGUUGAAGAAACAAGUAAGUCUUGGAGCAUUUUCCAAAAAGAAGACUUUUGCUGCCUGUCCAUCACCCUCACUGAGCUCUGACUCCAACUGCUCUGCCAUGACCAAAGAUGACAGCCACUCAGUGGACGACAGGCCACACAAUGAUCCAUUUGAAUCUUUGUCAGAAGCGACUCAGAAUCUGUGGAAAUCAAACACUCCCAAACCAGAGUGCUUGGUGUUUAAGCAAAAGGUGCCCCAAAAGACACAAAGCAAAAGGUGUGAAUCCUGGUGGCGACAGAGCUCUUUGGCUAACUGUCCGUAUGGCCCUCAGCUGACCCUCCGCUACACUUACAUCUUUUUGCUUCUUUGUGUUGUUACACUAUUUUACUUUUGGUAUCCAAAUAUGUAAAUAUUAAGUGGCCAGAAAAGGUGAAAUACUGAUGUUCAUUCAUUCAUUUUCUGCCACUUAUCUGCGUCCAGGUCAUGGUAGC